AUGAAAAAUAUAUUUAAUGAAGCAUUAACCAAGCAAAUUCAAAUCUCAAGUUACUACUCAUGCUUAAAAUUUUAUGGUUUUCAAGUAAGUUUAGUUGAAAAUUUUUGUAUACGAAAUGUGUCCCAAUGGGAUUUAUUGAAAACUGAACGUUCAAGAGUAAAACCAAUCUCAAAUUGUCCAAAAAUCGAUAAAAAUGAGAAAAAUGUUGAAGAGAUACAUUCAGCAUAA